GCGAGUGAUGCCGCUCCUCGGCAGCAUUAUGACCAUCGACGCCGCCGGUAGUCCGACUACGGUGUCCACCAGCGUCUUCGACGAGAACAUGACGUGGUCUCGACCAACCGGUGGCUCUACGUCUUCCACUAACGAGGCCCACUCGAUUGACCACGCGAUCCUCACCGACGAACAGCAACUGCACCGGCUGAUAGCCGCCGCGACCACGACUGCCGGCGAUCGUGCAACCACCCGCAGUCCCGACGUCGACGACCAAGGACCAACCACCACCACCGAACAAUACUCUGGCACCGGGUACAACGACACGGGUACUACUGGGACGAACGUUCGAACGGAAGAGGAGGAAAUCGCGAGGACUGGUGAUUGUGCUUGCGAGAGAUACGGUGCCGGGGAUAUCGCGUCGGAAAGUGGUAGACUGCCCUUCCUCGUGACCGAGGAGUUGGACGAAGCGGAGGUCGCUGAUACCAGCGAGGGAAGCACCGUCGACGGUUUCCAAGACACCACCACCGGUGUCGUCGGUGUCAGCACCACCGAUCGGGUGGACGUGGAAGGACUGAGAGAGCUGGAACUGUUGUUCGGCUUGGGUGGCAUAAUGGAGGAUCUCGGUGGAUUCAACGACUCGUUCAACGACAGUCUCCUGGUCCCGUGCAACGACAGCCUGUCCAACGAAACCACCUACGUACUCGGGGAGAGCAUGUAUCCAUCCGGGUACACGUUGCCGCACAUCAUUCUGGCAUCCGUCCUGGCGACACUCUUGAUGAUCGUGAUCGUCGUGGGGAACAUGCUGGUGAUCAUCGCCAUCUUCACCGAGAAGGCGUUGAAGAACAUACAGAACUGGUUCAUAGGCAGCCUAGCCGUGGCCGAUUUCUUCCUAGGCCUGGUGAUAAUGCCCUUCUCGUUGGCCAACGAGAUCAUGGGAUAUUGGAUCUUCGGCUACUGGUGGUGCGACAUUUACUCCGCCAUGGACGUGUGGCUGUGCACCGCCAGUAUAAUGAACUUGUGUCUGAUAAGCUUGGACAGAUUCUGGAGCAUCACGCAGGCGGUGGAAUACCUGAAGAAGAGGACUCCGGCUAGGGCAGCCGUGAUGAUCGCGCUCGUCUGGGUCCUGUCCGGUAUCGUUUGCAUCCCUCCGUUGCUCGGCUGGAAGCGACCCACGCCGGCUGAAGAGUACCCCAAGUGUAAGCUUUCAGAGGACAUCGGCUACGUCGUUUAUUCCGCGCUCGGCAGCUUCUACAUCCCGUCGUGCAUCAUGGUGUUCGUGUACAUACGCAUUUACUUCGCGGCGAAGGCCCGCGCGCGACGCGGCAUCCGGAAGCAGCCGCGUCCUCGCGCGGUCAUACCACCCGAGUCGCCGGAUGUCAGACAGACCAGCUUCACGCAGAGCACGCCGGCCACCGAAACGAAGAAGCCACCCGGUUCGGUGAUGGAGAACGUCGCCACUAUCGAGAACCAGCCGGUUCAAAUACCCAUCGUCACCUGCGACUUUGCCAGCGAUGUCAGUACUUCCGAGGCGGAUCCUGGGGGAGGAAGCAGCAUCCCCAUGGAAGAAAAGGACACGCUGAAGCUUUCAGAGGACAUCGGCUACGUCGUUUAUUCCGCGCUCGGCAGCUUCUACAUCCCGUCGUGCAUCAUGGUGUUCGUGUACAUACGCAUUUACUUCGCGGCGAAGGCCCGCGCGCGACGCGGCAUCCGGAAGCAGCCGCGUCCUCGCGCGGUCAUACCACCCGAGUCGCCGGAUGUCAGACAGACCAGCUUCACGCAGAGCACGCCGGCCACCGAAACGAAGAAGCCACCCGGUUCGGUGAUGGAGAACGUCGCCACUAUCGAGAACCAGCCGGUUCAAAUACCCAUCGUCACCUGCGACUUUGCCAGCGAUGUCAGUACUUCCGAGGCGGAUCCUGGGGGAGGAAGCAGCAUCCCCAUGGAAGAAAAGGACACGCUGAAGGUGACGAUCCCGGUGCCGGUGCAAAAGAGCAGCCUGAAAGCGACGCUGUCGGUGAACGGCGACGGUCAAUCGAGCGUGCCGCCGCGAAGCAGAGCACUGAGCGUCGGCAUCGACGUCGACAUGGUGUCCGAGUUCGACCCGUCGUCGUCUGACAGCGGCGUCGUGACCAGGUGUGCCGUGGUGAAGCCUCUGAAGCUUCGACUCUGCCAGCCGAUCUUCGGCCGCAGGAACCUGGGCAAGUUGAAGAAAGAGCACAGCGACGGGGGGCGUGCGUCUGGCAAGGACGAGUCGGGAACCGAGCCCAAGUCGUCGAAACCACGGGACCCGGAGAGAGAGAAGAGGAGACUGGCGAGGAAGAAGGAGAAACGAGCGACUCUGAUACUCGGCUUUAUCAUGGGCAGCUUCAUCGCCUGCUGGCUACCGUUCUUCGUCCUCUACAUCGCGAAACCUCUGUUCCCGGGCAUCGAGAUACCCACUCAGGCGUUCGUCAUCGCCUUCUGGCUGGGCUACAUGAACUCUGCCCUCAACCCCUUCAUCUACACCGUCUUCAACAAGGACUUCCGUCGCGCGUUCCGCAGGAUACUGUUCAAAUAA